GGGUCCCGCGGGAGACCGGAUAUAAUGGAAUGCGGGUCCGGGGAGACCGGAUAUAGUGAAAGCGGGGUCCGGGAGAGACCUGAUUAUAGUGAAUGCAGGGGUCCCGGGGAGACCAGAUAUAGUGAAUGCAGGGUCCGGCGAGAGACCGGAUAUAGUGAAUUUGCGGGGUCCGGGGAGACCGUGAUAAAUAUAGUGAAUGCAGGGUCCUGGGAGACUGGAUAUAGUGAAUGCAGGGGUCGGGGAGACCCGAUAUAGUGACUGCAGGGUCCGGGGAGACCGGAUAUAGUGAAUGCAGGGUCCUGGAGACCGGAUAUAGUGAAUGCAGGGUCCGAGGGGAGACCAGGAUAUAAGUGAAUGCAAGGGUCCUGGGUGAGACCAGAUAUAGUGAAUGCAGGGUCCGGGGGAGACCAAAUAUAGUGAAUGCAGGG